ACGUGACCACCACAGCCAAAGUCCAGCGUGCGCGAGACGUCACUGACUGCACCGACUGACAGCGAGCGAUGUAAACAAUCACACUUUUCUGCCUGUUAUGGAUUAACUGCUAUAAAGCCAAGACCUGCUGGCUCAUCAUGGCUUCGUCUUCCAGCUUUGCCCCUCCAAAACUGGAUGACUUCAUCCUGACAGAGCGGCUAGGUAGCGGAACAUAUGCCACAGUCUACAAGGCCUACAGAAAGCAGGGGGAUAAUCGAGAAGCGGUGGCCGUGAAGGUGGUCGCCAAGAAGACACUGAACAAGGCGUCCACAGAGAACCUGCUCACGGAGAUUGAGAUCCUCAAGACUGUGCGCCACCCUCAUAUUGUCCAGCUGAAAGACUUUGUGUGGGAUUCGGAGAACAUCUAUCUGAUCCUGGAGUGGUGUUCCGGUGGAGAUCUGUCCCGUUUCAUCCGUAGUCGUCGGAUCUUGCCAGAGAGAGUCGCCCGACGUUUUCUGCAGCAGAUAGCUUGUGCUCUUCAGUAUCUACAUGACCGAAAUAUCUCCCAUUUGGAUUUGAAACCACAGAACAUUUUGCUAUGUGGUUCAAACCUCAAAUUAGCAGACUUUGGCUUCGCCCAGUACAUGUCACCAUGGGACGAGAAGAGCGUGCUGAGAGGCUCACCUUUGUAUAUGGCUCCCGAGAUGGUGUGUCGGCGCCAGUAUGACUCCAGAGUGGAUCUCUGGUCCGUGGGAGUCAUUCUUUAUGAGGCACUGUUUGGACGGGCUCCUUUUGCAUCAAGGUCGUAUUCAGAAUUGGAAGAGAAGAUCCGAAGUAACCACCCCAUUGAGCUCCCACCUGGGGCCAAGGUCUCCAAGCACUGCCGAGACCUCCUCCUGCGUCUCCUCGAGAGGAAUCCAGCUACCCGGAUCACAUUUGCCGAGUUCUUCACGCACCCCUUUGUGGACAUGGAGCACAUGCCGAGUGCUGAGAGCUUAGGGAAGGCGAAAGAACUGGUCCUACAGGCCGUCCAGAAGGACCAGGAUGGCGAGAGAUCAGCCGCGCUCUCGCUAUACUGCAGCGCCUUGGAGCACUUUGUCCCUGCUAUUUACCAUGAAACCGACAUGCAGCGUAAAGAAGUCCUCAGGAAAAAGGUGCGUCAGUACGCUUCCCGAGCGGAAGAGCUGAAGGCUUUGGUAGCCUCGGACAACAAGCUCAUCUUCGAGGAGGCGCGCACUUCCACGGACAUCCUCCGGGAAAUGUCUCGUGAGCAUCCGCGAUUACUGGCGGCGCUGGAGAUGGCCUCUGUCGCCAUCGCUAAGGAGCAAAGCGGAGUGGACGACAAUGAGGCCUUGGAUGGAUAUCAGAGUUGUUUAGGAGAACUUCUGUUGGCACUUGCAGCUGAGCCGCAGGGCCGCCGACGAGAGCUUCUGCACGGCGAGAUUAAAAGCCUCAUGAGCAGAGCAGAGUACCUCAAGAAGAACAUUAAGAUGCAGGAGACUCAAAGGGACGCCUCGUUGGAUCGGGAGCCCCUGGCCGACUCGGUUAGAAGCUCGUGCUGUUUGCAGUAAACCUGAAGAAAACCAGCUGGCUUGGACCUUGGCUAGUCAGACCGAGCCAAAUCCACCCCAUUAAAGUUCUGUGCUCCAUGCCAAAUCAAACUUGCAUCCCCACCUCACCUUCAACAUCUCUGGAGUCGGCCUUGCAAGAAGCGCUCAAUGUUUUGGUUGUUGCCGCGAGCUAGCAAGUCGCGAUAGCAAGCUGCAAAAUACUGUAACGGGUUUGUUUCCCUGCUAACACACUGUGGAUAUAAGAUAACUGUUUACAACGUUUUAAGAUCGAUCUACAUAAUAUAUAUCUAUAAUGUGUUUUUUUUUUUUUACUGUCUACUGGCACAAUUGAGAUGUGCAAAAGGAGCAAAACUGUCAAUCUGACUUUUGGACCGCUUCCAAAAAAAGUCUAAUCCCGAACUAUGCUUCAAUUGACUUUCGAGGGUCCACUGUAGCUCACGCACCCCCCCCCCCCCCCCCUCACGCCUCCACUGUGGCCUAACCGCAGGCUCGCCAUGUCCUCUCCACUGAUGGACGCCAUUCCCACCGCCAUGAAAGAAGAGAUGGAGAGGUGCGGCCUGGGCGCUGUUGACUCUACAGCAGCAGGUUUGGCCAGCGCCCCGGCCAGUGUAUGUGUGUGUGUGCACAUUUGUGUGACACUGACACACACAGACACACACAAGACGCACUGGGCCUAAACGAAAGACUGAUAAUCCUCGCCGUUGGAGGUCUGGGCACGCUGUUUUGAUUUCCAACAUAUGUUGUAAUAUUCAAAAAGAGCCUUAAUUAUGAGGGAAAAGUCUAAAUAUGUACGUUGGCAGCACCUAUACGCUGCUCCGUUGUUUAAUUCUGUGUUUUGAAUGUUGACGCAGCUGUCAUUUGAAUAAUGACCGUGUAUUUAUUAAAGGAGAAGAAGAAGGCGAGCGGGAAAUAAAGAUGACUGUUGGAACCUUCUGGA